AUGAAGUUCACCACCGUCUUCGGCGUUGCCGCCCUCUUCAUGGCCCCUUCCGCUAUGGCCUGGAAGCUUCCUCACGUUGACCAGGCCGAUUCCGGCAGCCGUACUGAGCAACCCGCUCCCUCUGGCGCUAUUCCCUCUGGCACUGCCCCCUCCGGCACCAUCCCCUCUGGUACUGCACCUAGCAGCUUCCCAUCUGGCGGAUUCGGUGGAUUCGGUGGAUUCGGUGGCCAGGGCGGCUUCCCCUCUGGCUUCCCCUCUGACCACCACCAGGUCCAGGGAGGGCAGCAGCCCAGCGGCGUUCCCAGUGGCGUCCCCGGCGGCAUGCCUUCUGGUUUCCCGAGGGGUCCUCGUCCCACCGGCGCUCCCAGUGUUUCCCAGGGUGGCGAGCCCCAGCCCAGCGCCAGCUUCGAUGGUGCGGGGUCCUUCACUGCCCUCCCGUCUGGGGCCCCGACUCCUUCGGCUGCUCCUGGUCAGCGUGAGGGAUCUGGUGAGCAGGAAGGCUUCCAGCGCCUCCACGCCCGCCAGAUGCGCCCUAUUUGGCUGUAG